CCACACCACGACACUUCUGCAGAUGCUCAUACGAAUAACCUUUUUCAAACCUUCAAUCUUUCUCUCUAUAUAUAUCGAAGCAGAACCCCAUCCUUUUUCAUUCAUAUCCUCUCCUUUAUACCUUUACUCUUCUCUUUUGAACCCACACUUUAAUUUUUAAAUUUACAUUUUUCAAUCUCUAUAAACCCAGCACGAUUUCGCGUUCCUUGAAGGCUAUAGAUAUCAAGAAAAUCUUGUGGGCAUUCGUUCAUUGCCGAGAUACUUGAGGAAAUCAAAUCUCUCCUUGAAGCUCUGAAAAAAUGGCGGCUGCUUUUGGAUUGAUGGGUGGCGUUUCCGGGUCGGCCUCGCUCCGGUUGAGGAAUCCGGGGAAGAAGAUGGGAGGGAAUCGGAAGAAUGGGUCCAGAGUUUUCUGCGUUUCUUCCCCGCCUUCUUCCAUGGCGGAUCCUUAUACCACUCUCAGGCUUCGCCCUGGGGCUUCUGAAUCUGAGGUCAAGAAAGCUUUCAGACAACUUGCUCUUAAGUAUCAUCCAGACGUUUGCAGAGGAAGUAAUUGCGGCGUUCAAUUUCACCAAAUUUAUGAAGCUUAUGAUAAUAUUAUGAGCUAUUUGAAAGGAGAAACGGCGACGCCGGCGGCGGAGGAGUACUACGAGGACGACGGUGAAGAGUGGGAAGAGUGGAUGGGAUAUGAGGCGGCCGGAGUGCGGGAUUGGUCCCACGUUAACCCAUACUUCUGAUCAUCUCUGUAAAUCUUCAUCUUCUUCAUACCAGAAGAAUGAUGGGAACCCACCAAUCUUGGUUUGAAGAUGUGGUUGAGGUUUUGUGUAUAUAAUUCUCCUGUAAAUAAUUAUCGUUUUCAUAAUGAAAUAAGAAUUUGGAUUUCAACAA